UCAGCGGUUCAGUCGUCGCGGCGGUAGAAAAUAUUGCUAGGCACUUGGGCGAACGUCAGAUCGGUUAGGGCUUUGCGCGUGGAGGUGGUGUGUGUCGUGGUGCGCUCGCUGCGUAUGAGAGAUCUCGUCGGAUGUGAAUGACUUGCUGAUGCCACGGGUCACCUGUGUGUUCCACGGAAAGAUGUUGAGGCUCCUGGGUGUCCUCCUACUAAUCGCCGGAGCGAACUGUAUGUACGCGUCCAAUUCAGCCGUCGUCGAUCUUAGGCCAAAUAAUUUUGAUAGCUUAGUGUUAAAUAGCGAUCACAUUUGGGUGGUCGAGUUCUACGCACCAUGGUGCGGACACUGUCAACAGUUGAUGCCAGAGUAUGACAAAGCAGCCACUGCAUUAAAGGGUGUUGUAAAAGUUGGAGCUGUGAAUGCCGAUGAACACAAAUCGCUGGGAAGUAAGUAUGGCGUUCGUGGUUUCCCGACGAUCAAAAUAUUUGGGCUUGACAAGAAACCAGAAGACUAUAAUGGCCCAAGAAGUGCAGCCGGUAUUGUCGACGCCGCAUUGAAUGCCGCCAGUCAGAAGGUUCGAAAAGUGUUAGGUGGUAAAACUUCAGGAGGUGAAUCCAAGACCAAAGAUUCCAAGGAUGUGAUAGAAUUAACGGACGAGAACUUCGACAAGUCUGUCUUGAAUUCCGAGGAUAUGUGGCUAGUUGAAUUCUACGCUCCUUGGUGUGGUCACUGCAAGAAUCUGGCGCCCGAGUGGGCGGCAGCGGCCACCGAAUUAAAAGGCAAAGUCAAACUAGGAGCCCUGGAUGCUACUGUAAACACGUUGAAAGCAAGUAAAUACGAAAUCAAAGGCUAUCCCACCAUUAAGUUCUUCGCACCGGGUAAAAAGGAUGCAGACUCGGUGCAGGAUUACGACGGCGGUCGCACAAGCGGUGAUAUUGUUAACUGGGCGCUCGAGAAAUUGGCCGAGAAUAUCCCAGCGCCGGAAGUGAUGCAAAUCACGUCCGAGCAGAAGCUGAGGGAAGCGUGCGAGGACAAGCCAAUUUGCGUGGUUUCUGUUCUGCCACAUAUCCUAGACUGUCAGUCUGAUUGUAGGAACGGAUACUUGAAAACUCUAAAUGAUCUCGGCGAGAAAUACAAAAAGAAAAUGUGGGGAUGGGUCUGGGCCGAGGCUGGUGCUCAACCGCAUAUCGAAGAUGCAUUAGAAAUUGGAGGUUUCGGCUAUCCCGCGUUAGCAGCCGUUAAUAUCAAAAAGAUGAAAUACUCCUUGUUGAAAGGUAGCUUCUCAUAUGACGGAAUAAACGAGUUCCUACGAGAUCUGAGUUAUGGCAGAGGUGGCACUGCACCAUUGAAGGGCGCUCAUUUGCCUGUCAUCGUCGAAACAACACCUUGGGACGGCAAAGAUGCCGAACCUCCGCAGGAAGAAGACAUCGAUCUUAGCGACGUUAAUUUAGACGAUAAAGACGAGUUAUAAUUUACUCGGAGGCCAAUCGAUUGAAAUUCUUAGAGGAGAAUUUUCCGCACAUACGACGUAUAUCGUUUCUAAUAAAAACUGAUUGAGGGGCGUUAAUCGUGAAUCGAUAUACAAGUCAUAUUCGCCCCAAAAUUUAUUUUGUAUUAUCGCGGACUUAAUAUAUCUAUAUAUACUUAACGAGUUCUACGUCGUUUCGUAAUGAAAUUAACGAUAAGGAAUAAUUACUCCCAUUACUCAAUGAUUUUUGUAUAAAAACUCAACGAUAGUACAUAAUAUAUAAUCAUUUGUCGCUCUGUGUAUUCUAAGGAAAACCAGUUCUCAGGUGCAGUUGUCUAGUUUUAUAAAAAAAAAAGAAACACACGUUUAAGUAAUUCUUCCAUGUGAAAGCCAACUUUAUACGGUUUUAUUUUGCUUUGCUUUAGGAGAAAAAAAACUAGGGCUCAGAUUCUCGUCAUAGACGUGUGCAAGACGUAUGCAAUUCUCAUGUAUGGUUUACAUCGUUCUCCGUAUGUUUGAAUAGGAAGAAAAGGUAGAACAGUUUAAAAUACGUAUUUCGUGUGUUUGUCAUGAUGCAUUUAUUAGCUUGCUUAUUUUUUACAAGUAGGUUGUUUAAGAUACAUAGUUUAUGUAAAAAAAUCUAUUUGUAAUAAAUAUACAUCGUACAUUUAUCUGUAUACUAUUUCUAUAGGAGUCAUUUUUUUAUGAGUAUCGUGAGCUUUAUACAUUAACAGUAGCGCAAGAAAAAAAAUUUGUUUCGGCAUAGCUUAAUUGCUCUCUCCCUAUAACGGGACCAAAAUUUGAAGAAUACAAAAAUCAGUCUGCUAUGUUAGUACAAUUAAUAUUGUCAUCUAAUUAAAACGAGUAUACUUUUUUACAGUCUUUUAGAGUCUUCCAUCACGAACAAAAUUGCUGGACGUUACAUACUAUUUAUACAAACUAAUAAUUAUGUUAAGGAAAAAUUUCUAACGUCACUCAUUAGAAAUUUUUUAGACAUUUAAUAUUUCCUUGUUUCUAACAGGUGUCCAAGCUAAUUUUAGUUUGUAUAGUUCAGUCUUCUCUCAUGAUGCUGCACAUGAAUGCAAUAAAAUGGAAUAUUUCUAUCGCUAUGUAAAUGCUUGUAAAAUUUAUAUAAAAAGUUCAUCCUGCUCUUGCGUAUAUAAGACAUAGGAAGUUGCGAUAAUCUUAACCUUCUGUACAUACGAUUCGACACAAAUGACCUAGCGUAUUUCCUCUUCUUGAAAAACUAAAGAUUUUUGUAAUAGGAUGUUUGCUUAAAUUUUGUAAAAGAAUUCCCAGAGAAUUUCCGGACUUUCCAGGAAUUUUAUUUAAAAUUCCAGGUAAGAUUAGAGUCUUUAUAUGCAGCUUUGAAAUAAAUUCAUUACAUCAUA